AUGGCCAGUAAAUACGAAGGAAAUGCGGUAGGAAUAGACCUUGGAACAACCUACUCGUGUGUUGCUGUUUGGUUGGAGAAAAAAAACUGUGUUGAGAUUAUUCACAAUGAUGAAGGCAACAAAAUCACACCUUCUUUUGUUGCUUUCACUGAUGGUCAAAAAUUAGUCGGCGAUGCUGCUAAGGAUCAGGCUGCUAUCAAUCCAGAAAACACCGUCUUUGAUGCUAAAAGGUUAAUUGGUAGAAAGUUUAAUGAUCCUGAUGUUCAAAAGGAUAUUAUGUUGUGGCCAUUCAAGGUUAUUUCGGGUGUUAAUGAUAAACCUAUGAUUACUGUUAAGUAUAGAGGUCAAGAGAAGCAACUUUGUGCUGAAGAAAUCUCAUCUAUAGUCCUCACCAACAUGAAGGAGAUUGCAGAGGCUUAUUUGGAAUCUCCUAUUAAAAAUGCAGUUGUCACUGUGCCUGCUUAUUUCAAUGAUUCUCAACGAAAAGCAACCAUGGAUGCUGGUGCCAUUGCUGGCCUUAAUGUAAUGAGGAUAAUUAAUGAACCUACUGCUGCAGCCAUUGCUUAUGGCCUUGACAAGAGAGACAAGAGAGGUGAAUGCUUUGGCGAACAACAUAUUUUUGUCUUUGAUCUUGGAGGUGGUACCUUUGACAUCUCUCUUCUCACUAUUAAAGAUAAUGUCUUUGAAGUUAAAGCAACAGCUGGAAAUACUCACUUAGGAGGGGAGGACUUUGAUAAUAGAAUGUUGAACUACUUUGUUCAAGAAUUCAAGAGGAAGAACAAGGUGGAUAUUACUAGUAAUCCUAGAGCCCUGAGGAGGUUGAGAACUGCCUGUGAAAAGGCAAAAAGGACGCUCUCUUUCAAAUUGGUCACAAAUAUAGAGAUUGAUUAUUUAUGUGAGGGCAUUGAUUUUUCUUCAUCAAUCACUCGUGUUAAGUUUGAGGAAAUUAAUAUGGACCUUUUUUAUGAGUGUAUAGAGACUGUGGAAACUUGUCUUACUGAUUCUAAGAUUGAUAAGAGUAGUGUAGAUGAUGUUGUUCUAGUCGGUGGCUCGUCUAGGAUUCCCAAAGUGCAGGAACUAUUGAGUGACUUCUUCAAUGGAAAAGAUUUGUGCAAGAGCAUCAAUCCUGACGAGGCUGUUGCUUGUGGUGCAGCGGUUCAGGCUGCUUUGUUGAGUAAAACCGUUAAGAAUGUUCCCAACUUGGUGUUGCGAGAUGUUACACCCUUGUCACUUGGUAUUAGAGAAAGUGAAGAUACCAUGAGUGUGGUAAUUCCUAGAAACACUUCCAUACCGACCAAGAAGACACGAGGAUAUUCAACUGGUAAGGAUAACGAUUGCAGUGUCUCUAUUCAAGUUUAUGAGGGUGAGAGAGCAUGCGUUAGUGACAACAAUCUGCUUGGUUUUUUUAGUCUCUCUUGCAUUCCUGCUGCUCGUGGCCACCCCUUGGAUGUAUCCUUUGCAAUAGAUGAAAAUGGUAUCCUAACUGUUUCUGCAAAGGAAAUAUCUACUGGAAAUACAAACGAAAUCACGAUAACCAAUGACAAAGAAAGGUUAUCAAGCGACGAAAUUAAAAAACUGAUUCAAGAAGCAGAUCAGUAUCGUGCUGAAGAUGAGAAAUUCUUAAGGAAAGCCAAGGUCAUGAAUGCAUUAGAUUACUGUGUUUACAAGAUUAGAAAUACUUUAAAGAAGGAUGAUGUUAAAUUAAAGCUCCUUCCUCAAGAGAAAAGCAAGAUCAAUCGUGCAAUUACCGCGGCUACUAGUUUGCUUGAUAAGAAUAACCAACUUAAUGAAGUAGAUAUUCUUGAGGAUCAUCUGAAAAAGCUUGAAACUGUGUUGGAAGAUCUUGAAGUCAAGGCUCGCUAG